AUGCCCGGGGCUCCUUGGAGAUCCCAGGGAUGUAAUACCUGCAGGAGGCGCAAGGUCAAGUGCGACGGGGAACGACCCCACUGCGCGCGAUGUCUACGAGGUGGCCAUCGCUGUGACGGUUACGAUCGAUCUCGGAAGUUCGUCCAUGCCUUCUCAGCACCCAAGAACACUGUCCAGGACCUUCCGGUGGCCAAGCGACCACCCCAUGAGCACGAAGCAAGCUUUUCGGCGAUCAACGUCAACACGCAAAUCCGAUCCCAGCUGUUUUCCUUAUUCAUCGACUCAUACAUUCCAUCGCGGCCCGUGGGCCAUAUCAACUUCCGAUGUCAGCAGACUUCAAAUCUGAUCGAGGUCUUCCCGACCGUCAUGAAUGGCAAGAAUAGCCAGUUACUCGACCGGGCCAUAUCAGCACUUGCGGCGGUCUUUGUGGGCAAUAAGAUCGACGAUGAACAGUUGGUUCGUCAUGGCGUUGGGCUAUAUAAUAACGCCAUUCAAGUAUUUGCUCGUCUCAUACCACGAUCUGGACUCCCGGUUCAAGAGGUUCUGUGUGCGAAUGUCGUCUUCCAAUUAUAUGAGCUGAUCAACUGUACAUCCGGAUUUUCUGGAUGGACAGCGCAUAUGGAAGGUGCUAACGCUGUGCUCGCUCGACACCAACAAUUCCUGGAAAGAGACAAAUUAUCCCUAAUGUUACUUCGCCAGCUGAAACUAUCAAAUGUGAGCCCCCAAGUCACGCUUCCCCUGUCGUGGAACCAGAACUCAUUCAAACAGAUAUUCCAUGCAAUAGGAAAAUCCAAAUCCGCCCUCGCAUUCUGUCCGAUGUGGCGGUUUUUAUCCCCGAAGGACUCGGAUGACCCCAUCGACGAAAUCAUCGACAUCCUCAUGGCAUGCACCAGUCUACUCGAGCAAGAAGAUGAAUUGCAAUCUAUAUAUGACGCCGAUCAAUUAACCCAGCAAUGCUGGGAUCUUAAUACGCAAACCUUGGCAUGGAACGACAAGCUCGAAGUAAUCCAUGGAAGACCGCUCUACACCAGAGUUCCGGACGAGACCAAAGUCACUCGAACUCAAUCCAGCAGAAAUAUCUUACCUGAGAGAUAUCAUUUCAUCAACCUUGAAGUCGCAGAAUCUCACAUGCUCUGUUGGACUGCAAUGCUCAUAAUGUACUCUCUUUUCCAUCGACUGGAGAUGUAUAAAAAGCAUCUUUCUCCGGGAUACACGUCCGACGAAGAUGCAGAAUCGUUCCUCAAAGGAGCACAGUACUACGCUACGCAGAUCUGCCUAGGCGUGGGCUACUUCCUCCAGCCCCACAUGCACAUCCUUGGCGGGCAUAACUUGCUCUUCCCGGUGAGCAUGGCAUCUCAGUUCUUCCUGAUUAACGAACUGCAUGGCCAGUACCAGUGGUGCCAGGAGGUCUUUGUUGCACUCGAGGCCGAUGGCCUUGGGCUCGCUAGUGUAUUGCUGGGGACGCCCUGGUCCAGGUAUAAAGAAAGUAGUCCGCCUGUGAUUGCGAUUGACACCGAAGCUGCGGCUGAAGAUUUGGUGUGCGAUACUUGA